UUCCCGGACCGGGGCACGAACCCGCGUCCCCUGCAUCGGCAGGCGGACUCUCAACCACUGCGCCACCAGGGAAGCCCUGCAGUUGUUACUAUUAAUCAACAUCUUGUUUGGCAUUCUAAGCAGCAGACAGAUGCAUGGUGAGAAGUGAUGGCAUACAUACAUAAUGAAUAAUGGAGAUAAAUAUUCUUUAUAUGGCCAGGGAGGGGAUCAGAAGCCAUGCGGAUCUUUAGUCUGACUGAGGGAGAGGUUACAGGUCAUCUUUGUCAGAAGUAGCUCCUUUACCCAUUUCUAAGGCAGUUAACCCUUUGUCAGAAGAAACUGUAGUGGCUUCCCCGAGGUAGUUACCUUGAGAAAUGCUGCUGAUUCUUCUCGGGACCUAUGCCCACCCCACCUCUCUUUGCUUCUAGACCUAUAACCAGACUCAAGUCCCAGCAGGCCUCAAGGAGUGAACAGCUUUUUGCUACACACUGAAAGAGCUGCAUGAUUUUUCCAAUUUAUACAGACAGAUCUCACGGGGUGCGUGGGAAUGGAUAUUAAUGGGUGUGGGUUAGUGGUGGAAGCAACAUUGAGUUGGAUCAGGCUGAAUUUAUUAACAUGGACGCACUAAGCAGAGAUUCUGCAUUUACUGUUUUAGCAUGAAGAGUGAGGAAGGACUCUAAUAGUUUAGUUGGCUGAAACAUAGUCUAACAGUUGGCCUACAUUCAAUGAAGUUGAAAUGCCAGGAUUGCUUUAGGGAACUGUAGCGGAAGGUAUUCUGAAUCUUAGGGAGAUUGGAAUGUUAGAGUGGAUUUUUUUUUUAAAUAUUUAUUUAUUUAUUUUGGCUGUGCCGGUUCUUAGUUGCAGCACGUGGGAUCUUCAUUGCAACACGUGUGAUCUUUUGGUUGCAGCAGGAGGAUUCUUACUUGUGGCAUGGCUGCGGGAUCUAGUUCCCCCACCAGGGAUCGAACCCGGGCCCCCUGCAUUGGUAGCGCGGCGUCUUACCCACUGGACCACCAAGGAAGUCCCUCGGAGUGGAUUUAUCAUGUCAGACCUGCUCACCCACCCUGCGAGGGUCCAGAGGACACACCUUUCACCACGACUAUUGAAGGUUUGUGGCAACCCUGUGCUGAGCGAGUCUAUCAGGACCAUUCUUCCAGCAGCAUUUGCGCACUUUGUGUCUCUGUCAGAUUUUGGUGAUUCUCUCAAUAUUUCAAAUCCUCCACCAGCAAAAAGAUACUCGCUGAAGGCUCAGAUGAUGAUUAGCGUUCUUUAGCAAUACAGUAUUUUUAAAUUAAGGUACAUACAUUGUUUUAUUAGACAUAAUGUUAUUCCACACUUAACAGACUACGGUAUAGUGUAAACAUAACUUUUACAGGCACUGGGAAACCAAAAAAAAGUUCAUAUGACUCACGUUAUUGCGAUAUUCGCAUUAUUGCAGUGGCCUGGAACUGAACCCGCGGUAUCUCCGAGGUGUGCCUGUACUUAGCAACGGGCAGAAUCCCCACAUUGGUUCACUCACGUGUGGAGUGAGGCCUAUUAUGGUAGGAAAACCAAGUGGAAGUCACGAGAACUGCCUCUACCUAGGAAAAUGGUAAAUGAAAAACAAUACUGCGUCCCUGGAGGGACUGCAGAGAUCAGUGCCACCAUCAAGGACUUGAGAGAUGCAGGGGUGGUGACUCCCACAUCUCCAACCCCCAUUCUGUCUGGGCAGAAGACAGAUGGAUCGUGGAAGAUGACAGUGGAUGAUCAUAAACUGAUGAUUGGAGGUGGUGGCUCCAAUUGCAGCUGCUCUUCCAGAUGUGGUUUCAUUACUUGAGCAAAUUAACACAUCCCCUGGUUCCUGGUUUGCAGCUACUGAUCUGGCAAGUGCUCUUUUCUCAAUACCUGUUAGUUAAGACCACGAAAAGCAGCUUGCUUUCAGCUGGCCAGACCAGCAAUACACCUUCACUGUCCUGCCUCGGGUAGAUCAACUCUCCAGCUUGAUGUCAUUAUAAUUUGGUCUGCAGGUAUCUUGAUCACCUUUCCCUUCCACAAAAUAUCCCACAGGUUUAACAUCGAUGAUAUAUGCGGAUUCCAUCUAGAGAACAAGAAGUAGUAACUAUAGAUAUACUGGUAAGACAUUUGCAUUGUCGUUGGUGGGAAAUAAAUUUCACUAUAAGUCAGGGGCCUUCCACCUCAGUGAAAUUUCUAGCGAUGCACUGGUUGGGUGUGUGUCAAGAUACCUGUUUUUUCAGUGAAGGAUAAGUUAUUGCAUCUGGCCCCUCCUACAGCCAAAAAACCAGGCACAACACCUAGUUGGCCUCUCUGGAUAUUGGACCUCUCUGGGUGUGUCACUCUGGCCCAUUUACCAAGUGACCUGAAAAGCUGCCUAUUUUGAGUGGGGCCCAGAACAAGAGAAAGAUUUGCACCAGGUCCAGGCUGCUGUGUGCGCUGCUCUGCCACUUGGGCCACAGGAUCCAGCAGAUCUCCUGGUGCUUGAAGAGGCGGGGGCAUGCAGGGAUGCUGUCUGGAGUUUGCGGCAGGUCCCUACAGGUGAAUCACAGUGGAGGCCCUUAGGAUUUGGGGACAAAGUCCUGCCAUCCUCUGCAGAUAAUCCCUUUACUUUUGAGUAACUACUGAGCCAUUGGAUUUACAUCUGCAAAGACUCUAUUUCCAAAUAAGGUCACAUCCCAGGGUUCUGGAUGGACGUGAACCUGGGGGGACGCAAUUCACCCCACAACAGGGAGAAGUGCUUUCCGGAGACACAACAUUGAUGUCAUUGAACUGGAAGUUCAGACAGCUCCUCAAGCCUCCAAGUCAUCAGGCAGAGAAAGGGAGUUAUCCUAUUGGCUGGGGUGACUGACCCUGAUUACCAAGAGGAAAUCGGGCUGCUACUAUACAAUUAAGGAAGAAGAUGUGCAGAAUACAGGAGAUCCCUAAGGGCUACACUGCCUUAAAGUCGAUGGAAAAUGCAAUUAAGGCAGGACUACUAAUGGCCCUGACUCUUCAGGAAUGAAGGUUUGGGUCACCCCAGCAACCAUGACCAUCUGAGGUGCUUGCUGAGGGUGUGGAAUGGGUAGUGGCAGAAAGUAGUUGUAAAGACCAGCUACAUCUAUGUGACCAGUUGCAGAAAUGAGGCCUGAAAUUAUCAUGAAUUAUCUUGUAAUUUUCAUGUAAUUCAUCAUCUUGUGCUAUUUGUAUAUCAUCUUGUGCUAUUUGUAUCUUCGUACACAAACUUGUAUAGAUAUAUAGUAAGUAUAAAGUAAAUCUUUUUGUCUUAUCUCCUUAUCAUGUAACAUAAGAUGAAUUAAUAAUAGUUAACUUUACAUAACAGGAUCUUUCUUCUUUGGCCACGCAACCUGCGGGAUCUUAUUUCCCCGACCAGAGAUCGAAUCCGUGCCGCCUGCAGUGGAAGCACAGAGUCUUAACCACUGGACCACCAGGGAAGUCCCUACAUCACAGGAUUUAAGUUACAGGAUCUCAUAGAGAAGAGUAACUGUCACCCAAGGACUUGGCAUCCUCUCCUGGGGAAAGGAUCCGUGUGUUUUGGGUUAUAGGCAGGAUAGUUGCAUCACAUUCGAUGGAAGCAAGCCUUUGUUAGUUUCUUUAUCUGGAGAUUAAGUGUGGUUUAAGGACGUGUGCGUGGGUAGCAAGCUGAUAAAAGGUGAACUGGGCUAGGCCUAGUCAUUCAAUCAAACACUAAUCUAGGUGUUGCUGGGAGGUUAUUUUGCAGAUGUGAUUAACAUCUACAAUUGGUAGACUUUAAGUAAAGGAGAUUAUCCUCUGCAUCUGAGUUGGCCUCAUCCAACUAGCUGAAAGAUCUGAAGAGACAAAUUGAGGUUUCCAGAGGAUGAAGCCGUUAAGGCCGCGGGCGGCAGUAUCAGCUUCUUCUCAAGAGUUUCCAGCCUGCCGGCCUGCCCUGCAAUGUCAGACUCACCUAGCCAGCCUCUACAAUCAUGUAAGCCCAUUUCUUGAAAGACAGGAACAAGCAAAUAAUCUCCUAUGGGUUCUGUUUCUCUGCUAGAACCCUGACUGAUAAAGGGUCCCAGCUCUGGAGGUUAGGAGUCCUGCUCCUCAGCCUGGUGCACCAUACUGACCAGCGGGGUUGCUGCCAGGCAGGCUGUGUCCCUUGUUCAGAAUCAGGUGCCCCCCGGUUCUGCUUGAGACCAAAGGCAUAUGGGGGCGGCUCCAGAGAAGGUAUAAGGCUUUGCUCUGUGCCUCACAAAGAAGGUUUCCCGUUCCAGAAGUGGGCUGGGCAGCCUUGGGGAAGUGGGAAGAGGCAGCCUCCGCUGGAAGCACGUCCUUAGAGUGGAAGGGGUGGGAUAUAACGGUGCAGGGAGCACGAAGUGAGGUGGGGCUAGCUGUCUCUGACGUGACACAUCCAAGAGUGGCUUUGCCCACAGUGGGUACCCAGUGGCCCGGCAGCAGCCGACUCGGACGCUCUGAUGCCUGUUGUACUCAGGCAAGCCUGAGUGUGCAGGAGCUUGCGUUCCCUGCCACACAGGUGGCUGAACGAAGAGCACGCAGGCAGGCACGUGUCAUGGGGUCAACACUCCCAGUUAUGCACUCAGGGCCUUCCUGGUGCCAGGUGUUCCUGCCCUCAUGGAGCUUACAUCCUGGCAGGAUGACAGAGACAAAAGAAGGAAACAAGUGGACAUAAAAUGACAAGUACUGGGGAAAAAACAUAGAAAGAAAAGAGAAUAAUGGGAUGGGGGACACUCUAGAUAGCGGUGGGUUUGGGGGAGGACAAGUGCUUAGACAGUGGUCAGGGAAGGCCUCUGAGGAGGUGACACCUGAAUGAUGAGCUGGAGCAAACCAAGCAAAGAUUUGGGGAAGAGUCUUCCAAGUAGAAAGAGAGGCGAGUUCAAAGGUCCUGAGAUAGGAACAAGGUCAGCAUAGCCAAUGCCUUAGAAGGUGGCAGGCGGCUGAAGUUGAGUGAAGGGGGUGGUGGGGGAAGGGAUCCAGAAGUGGGGGGACAGAUCCUAUAGGGCCUUCUAGGCCAUCGUAAGGAAUGUGGGUUCUAGUCAAAGUGAGAUGGGAUCCAUUGGAGGAGUCAUAAGCGAGGGAAGAGUAUGGUCUGAUGGAUUAUAGUUCAAGGAGCUGGAGUUUUCCGGGGGCGGGGAGAGGGAGGAGAAACGAUUUACGCGCAAGGGGUAUAGGAGGGAGGACUGGUCACUGAGAGCCUGCGGGGAAGGCCUCAAAUCCAGGGUCAGAGCAAGGAGCUGAGGGCAUGGAGGAGAGUGCCAGUGGUGACAGGAGGCAGGUGGGAGGAUUUGGAGUCAGGGAGGACCAGGGGGUGGGUUGGCUGAGGGCAGCAGGGAACUGCAGAGGGUAAGAGUCCUGGUGUGGGCUGACCGGGAGACCCGCAUCUAGGUGGUGCUGGAGGCAGACAGGGAGGCGCUGGCGGCAUGGGGCCAGCGAGGUCAUCCCUAGGGAAGGGCAGAGAGUGCAAGGGCACGGGAGCUGGUUUGAGCCCUGGGGCCUCUCCAGGCUGAGCCCCUGCUCCCUCAUCCAAAACAUAGGGCCCUAGGACAUAAAAAACUGCUCUGUCCACCCCACAGGGGCCAUGAGGCUCAAAAUAACGCAGUGUUCUCCAAAGGCGGCAAACGUCCCCUGGGGUGGGUGUGCAGAACCAAAUCUAGAGGGUCUGUCCCUUAUUUUAAUAACCGUGUUCCUUUUCAAUGUAUUAGAUAAGCGUAUUUUUCUACUUAAAGUGGAGAUAUGACGUUCCCUUUUAAAAUACAUUUAAGUAAAAAAAGCGAGUCGGUUUAAAAGGUUAAGUAAGUAACAGUCUAAAGCAUGUGCAGAGAAGGCAGAAAUCGUGGCAGUAGUUUUUGAGUGAUGGAGGUCAGGAAACACUAAAAGCUUUGUGAACAUAUAGCCCAUGAAAAUGUUUAAAAAAAAAAAAAGACACGAAUCUCAUCGCGAUCGUUUGUGUUUGGGUGGCUCUCGUGGGUGCAUGUGCACACGUGUGGGCGUGUGCGUCUCAUAGGCAGAUGUAGCUGGGGUUGGUGUGUAUCGGCCUGUGUAUAGGGGGCCCGCGUGUGUAUGUGGGAUGUGCACAUCCGUGCACACGUGCACACAAGGUUAUUUGCAUGUGCACGUGGAUUGCUUUAUCUGGGCAGGUGUGUGGGUACAGGUACACCAGGUAUGCGAGCAUCUUGAGUUACAGCCGCCUCCCCCUCCCCAGCCCUCAGCGCUACCCAGUGGCACUGGGCUGGGCCGGAAGCCUGGGGCCAGCUGGUCUCCAGCCACCAGGGGGCAGCAGAGGCCGAGCAGGGCCUUCUUCAGGACGGGUCUCCUCUGAGUUUGGCACGCGAGGCCCUCUGAAGUCUCCCUCUGUCCUGUCCCCACUUCCCCUGAUCGCCCCAGGCCUCUGCCAGAUUAGCCAGUGGCCCCUGGCUGAGGCUUGCUGGAAGACCUAGGACUCAGAAAGUGGACCUGUGGUCGUAGGUGGUUUGGGACUCCUGGGGUCAUGGGGGGAAGGGACCCGGGUCCCUGAGGUGCUAGCAUCUGGAAUUCUGGGGGUGUGUACAGCUGGCUGGGCUCUGGGUCUCUUCUCAGGGGUGCUCUGUAGCUGUCUGUCUCCCCUACUCUCAGCCCCAAGCCUGUUCAGAAUACAGCUGAACCCUUGGGCUCAGCCCUGGCUUGUGGGGAGUAGGCCCCUCCGAGGCUCACAGGUUGGCAUCGCAGGGGCAACUGGAUCCUAGAGCCCUUCGGCUCCGUCCCCGCAUCCAGGGCCACCACCCGCACUAACAGGGAGGAGGACCCUCAGGUCAGCCCGGUGGCGGCAGUGACUAACCAACAUCCCGGGAGCUCUCACAGUCUUUCCAUCCACAAAUACGUAAUGAGGUCCUACUGUGUGCCGGGCACUGCUGCAGAAACUCACCUUCUAGUGAUGGGCGACUUCUUCCCUGCCAGCCUUGAGGACCAAGGCCUCGCUAGAGCAGAGUAUAUUAACACCCAGCAGCUUUCCUCCCAGCCUGGAGAAGAGGAUGAGCCGUGAUGAUAAGACAGCCGACUGUGGGCCAGGCAAGCAAUACCUCCUUUACUUCUCCCACCAACCCUAGGAGAUGGCGUAGAACGCGCCCAUUUUAUGCUUGAAGAAACUGAGGCUCUGAGAGGUUAAGUGGCUUACCCAAGUCGCACAGCCGGUGAGUGGCCCACGCUGGGAGGCACAUGUAGCCUGCUCACAUUCAGAAGUUCUCUUUCUUUAGAGACCCCUGGGCACGGCGUAGACACAGCCGCCUACUCCUUGUUGUGACUGAACAUGAAGGAGCAAGUCAGUCCCCCGGGGACUCAAGGGUGACUUUAUCUCCCCCAUCCUUGCCCCCACCCCCACCCCAGGUGACCAAGUUAACAAUCUAGUGUGCGUCCUUCCAAAUAAUCUGAUAUGGACCUACGUAUACAUAAUCAGGGUCUGGGGCUGUCAUCAUUAUCUGCUUUAGAGACAUUUUUCUCCCUCAGUGAAACUGUGGUAAACUGAAUAAUGCCCACCUCCCCCCUCCCCCCACUAAAAAGAUAUCCCAGCCCUAAUCCCUAGCUGACUUUUUUGCACUUUUACAAUCAUCAUGAUGUAGGAUUCCACUUAUACAAAAGGUCCAGAGCAGAUUUGUAGUUGCCAGGGGCUGGGGGGUUGGGAGCAGUGACUGCUGAUUGGGUAUGGAGUUUCCCUUUAGGGUGAAGAAGAUGUUCUGGAAUUUGACGCUUGCACACAAUGCCGUGAAUGUAUUAAAUGUCACUGAACUGUACCUUUUAAAAUGGUAAAUUUUAAGGUAUGUGUAUUUUACCAUGAUAAAAGUAAAUACAAGAGGAUUAAAUGAGAUAAUGUAAACAGCAUAUAGCUCAAAAAUAUAGCUGAUAUUAUGAUGAUUAUUAAGUUUUAAAAAUUUAAGUUGCAGGAUUCUAAGUUUGAAGGGAUAGAUUUUUUUAAUUGAAAUAUAGUUGAUUUACAAUGUUGUAUUAGUUUCUGGUGUACAGCAAAGUGAUUGUUUUAUAUAUAUAUAUAUUCUUUUUCAGAUUUUUUUCCCAUACAGGUUAUUACAAAAUAUUGAGUAUAGUCUACUGUGCUAUACAGUAGGUCCUUGUUGUUUAUCUGUUUUAUAUAUAGUAAUGUUUAUCUAUUAAUCCCAACCUCUUAACUUAUCCCUCCUGGCCAGGGAUAGAUUUUUUUGUUUCUGUUUUGGUUUUGGUUGGUUGCUUGGUUGGUUCUAUUUGUUUUAUUUUUCUUUUUAAACCUUUUAAAAAAAAUUAAUUUAUUUUAUUUAUCUAUUUUUGGCUGCGUUGGGUCUUCGUUGCUGCAUGAGGGCUUUCUCUAGUUGCGGUGAGCGGGGCUGCUCUUCGUUGCGGUGCGCGGGCCUCUCAUUGUCGUGGCUUCUCUUUGCUGCGGAGCACAGGGUCUAGGCACGCGGGCUUCAGUAGUUGUGGUGCGUGGGCUUCAGUAGUUGUGGCCCACGGGCUCAGUAGUUGUGGCUCGUGGGCUCAGUAGUUGUGGCUCGUGGGCUUAGUUGCUCUGCAGCGUGUAGGAUCUUCCCAGACCAGGGCUCAAGCCAUGUCCCCUGCAUUGGCAGGUGGAUUCUUAACCACUGCACCACCAGCGAAGCCCUUAUUUUGCUUUUUAAUCCAUUACCCCCUGGGCCUCUCACACUCCCAUGCCAGGCCCCCCAGCAGCCAGCUGCACUAAAGGAUGGGCAAGUCUCCCUCUCUGCUGUGGGUACAGCCGCGACCGCCAGAACCCUGGCCGGGGCACCCUCAGUCACUGCCCUCCACGAUCCCAGGAGUGAAACAUGAACAGCAGCCAGGAGGACAGUAGCCUGCCAGGGAGUCUUCCCGUUCCUGGGAAAUGGAGCCCAUUAACGAGGCUCCCGAGCCCCAGCCCGUGGAUGGGGGUGUUGGGGAUUCCUGGGCGGAAUCUCUGCCCUCCAGCCCCCACCCUGGUGAGGCCAGUGGGUGCAUGCCUGCUCAUCAUACCCUCGCGAUGACUGUGGGUAUGUACCCCCCAGGGGCUGGGUGCCCAGGGGAAAUAGGACCCCCUAGCUGGGCCUUGGGAAUCAGUGAGGCUCACCCAGCUCUGUGAGUGGGUGUAUCACGUGGGCCUAGGGAGGGACCUGCCCGAGAGCAGGCUGGGCAAGCCCUCCCUUUGUGGAUAGCAUCCUGUCACAUCCUUGCGGCCCUGGCUCCCUGCCUGAGGACUCUUGAGAAGGAGAAAUCGGCUGUUUGGUCUCAGUUGCUAAGGGGAAUUCUUGGCCCCAGCUGUGAGUAAAACACUGUAUGUUAUAGUUUUUGAAAAAUAAUACAUUCAUGUGACCCAGAAUUCAAAAGGCAUGGAAUUCCCCCACCCCUUUCUCCGAGACACACAGUUCCUCCCAGAGGCAGCCCAUGUUUUCAGCAUCUUGUGUACCCACCCAGAGAUACUUUGUGCUGAUCAAGCAAAAGCCUAUAUAUAGGACUCUUUUUUUUUUAAUUGGAGUAUAAUUGCUUUACAAUGUUGUGUUAGCUUCUGCUGUACAACGAAGUGAAUCAGCUAUAUGUAUACAUAUUGGGUCCACUGCCUUUAUCUCCUUGGAUGCAAAGGGCAACAGUCAACAUUUUCCCAUUUUACAGAUGAGGCAACUGAGGUUCAGAGAGAGCCAGUGACCAAUCCACGGUGACACAGUGAGUGAGUCUGGGGCCAACUAGACCCGAUCCCUGACUCCCAGUGUGUGCUCCUACCCCACCCCCACUCGGGGCUCGGGGACUUGUGAAAGCCCUCUGCACAGAAUACAGACCUUAUAGUUUAGGUCCUCCUUCUAAUGUCCAUCAGCUUCAUCAUCUAGAAUAUGUUAGUGCACCUCUCUGAACUCAGAUCCCUCGCCUAUAAAAUGAAGGUAAUAAUUGAUAGCUCCUUAUGAGUUUAUCAUAAGAACCAAAUAAGAUAAAGCAUGUAAAGAGCUCAGCACAGCACCUGGCUUUUCUACGCCAUUCAACAAGCUUUUAUUGCGGGCCUACUAUGUGCUGAGCACCUACUAUGUGAGGAUCCAGUGCAGCCACGCUCCUGGCUCAGGGAGCUCACAGCCUAGCAGGCUCACAAUAAGAGCUCAAUGAACGGUGGAUGUUAUUAUUCAGCAAAUAGUCAUCUUGCCUCCUGGUUCUGGGAAGUGGAGGUGAGACCACCAUACCUGGGUCUCCACCCAAGUCUAGAAUGUGGGACCAUGAGAGGAGGGGCUGGCAUCUAGUUCCCCACCCUCUGUGUUCCUGACUGGGGUCACAUUAGUUGAGUAGGUGCUCAGUAAAUAUUUGUGGAAUGAAUGUGCAGAGGCAAAAACCUUUAUGGAGGAAAGCCCCUCACUCCCCUGCCACACACACACACACGCAUGCACGGACACACACACAGAUUGCUCCAGGACGGGAGGACUGACAAGUGACUUGAUUUCCUUUUCUCCGUGACUUUUGACUAUGCAGAUACCAGUGUUAUAUUUUAAAACUUAAUUGAUUAAUAUUUAAAAAUGGAAUGGCACAAGAGCUCAUCCAUGGUGAACCAUGCUAUGUGUCCUGUGACUGGUACUGAAGAGAAUUCAGAAUGGGAGGGGAUGGCAAGGACGAGGUACGUACUCCAGGAAGGCGUCCUAUAGAGGGUGGCCACAGAGACUGAGACCGUGGCAGUAGGAGCCAUGACCAUCGUCAGCCUGGCUCCUGUUACCAUCUUAGGACGUGGGGUUAAGUUCAGUGUGGCAGAACGCUAUUCUCUCGGUGUGUCCCCAGGCCUCCUGCCCCGCUGGACCUAGGCUUCCCAGACCUCCAGAGCUGCAACUGUGAGGUGCCAGGUGAGUGCCAGCACCUCCCUCCGUGUGUUCGCCUGUCGGUAGAGAGCUCCCGGUGGUGCGGGAGGGGGACACUGACGGUGAGUGCGCUGCUCGGGCCUGGGUGUGGCAGGCGUUCACUCAGCGUUGUUCCCUUCCUACCUCUCAAUCCUCUGGAAGCCAAGGACAUGGGAACCCAGCUGGCAGGAGUGGUCCUGACACCCCCAAAAUUCUGAUUCCAGGCUACUGUAAUCGCAAAGAGAACUUGAAGGGUGCCAGCAUGGGGCGGGGGGUGUACUCCAAGAUAGCCCCUGGCCUCAUCCUGCCCCAGAGACAGGCUGUCGGUGAUGGAGGAUGUUUGGGAAGCUCCAAGGAGGGCAAAAGCUCUGGGGAGACAGCAGGUCAAUGGGGGCAAAGAAAGAGCCCAAGGUGGGGAGGCCCUCUCACUGACUGCUCAAGCAGCUCGCUUCCUGUCUCUGGGCCUCAGCCUCUUGCACAGUUCAAUAAGGGAGGCUAAGGGCAAUGAUCUCUAAACCAGGAUACCCAAGUGUGAGCCACGUACCCCUGGGGACGUGCAAGAUGAUGCUGCGCGGUACACAGAUGCAGCAUUAAGUACCCUGGUACCAAAUUCCAGCAAGGGAAAACCCACAAAGCUGUCUCCCUUUUUGAACUGAGUUUUUUUUUUGUUUUUUUGCGGUACGCGGGCCUCUCACCGCUGUGGCCUCUCCCAUUGCGGAGCACAGGCUCCGGACGCGCAGGCUCAGGGGCCAUGGCUCACGGGCCCAGGCGCCCCGCAGCACGUGGGACCCUCCCGGACCGGGGCACGAACCCGCGCCCCCUGCAUCGGCAGGCGGACUCCCAACCACUGCGCCACCAGGGAAGCCCUUGAACCGAGUUUUGAUUUACAUGCAACAGCAUGCCUCAAACUUAGGGUCAUUGUCAAGCGAGAGUAUCUGGCAACAAUGAAAUGUCUUCAUUUUAUUGUCAUUGUAUGUUAGCCUCUUUCUAUUUAUGGCAAAAGAGAUAACGUUUAUUUUUACAUACAUUUGUUUAAGUAAAAAAAAAAAAGAAUAAAUUUUGUUUUAAGUAUUAAGCAAUUAUCCAGAUACAUAGGAGAGGGCGAACAUGGUGCCAGGUGGUCGAGGGGAGACGAGCAGAAGGUGGGCAUCCUGGCUGGAGGCCCGGCUCUGAACCUGAGAGAAGGCCAGAGGGGCAGCGAAUUAGGCAAGACCCUCUGCCCCGGAAGUGCCUCCUGUCCCGUGGGAGCUGUGCAGACAUGAGCUCCGCGUGGGCCUGCCCACGGCUGCCCGAGAACCACGCUCGCUGCCUCUCUCCUGCCCCCAGCCCUGCUGGGCAGUGACCCAAAGGCAUUUUGUACCAGGCGUUAUGUACCGACUUACCAAGCCUGCCCUCCUGGGGUGUAAGUACCACCACCACUGCUCUGUGCAUGCAUCUGUCUCCUCAUUUGUCUGUCGGUCCAGGGCUCCUUUGGGGGGCACCCACUGAGAAGGAGACUCCCUGGCCAGAAGCCAGCUCUGAUGCAGGGGCUGCCACACUGUACCCCAGAGAGAGGACAGCCCUGGGCUGAGUGGAGAAAUCCUCACUCUCUCCUGUCCUCACCUUCAAGUCAAGCUCUUUGGUGAGAAGGUCCCUGAGGGGCUGCAAACAGCCUGAUGUGGGAGUUUGUGUUUGCCCGGGACCCAGGAUCAUUCUGGGGUUCGAGUUAAGUUUCAGAGCAGAGCCAGGUUAGAAGGUGAAGGUUAGGAGGUCCGUGUGUAUUUUGUGUUGGGGAUCCUUCCGUGGCUGGAGUCGGGUUAGCAUGAGCCCAGGAUGCGGAGGCUCUGUCACUCACUCACUGCUGUGUGACCUUGGUCAGCUCCCCUACCUUCUCUGGGCCCCAGCCUCUUAAAAUAAGGGCAUAGGGAGGCUGAACGCAAUGAUCUCUAAAACGGAGGAUCUCAAGGUUUGAGUCCCUGGACUGCACAAUCAGUUUGUAUUUGGGGGAGGGCGUGUCCCGGCACAGUCUCGGUGACGCUGGGCUUAGUAUGUGGCUGGGUUCAGAGGCUGCCAUUUGACUAGGAUCAUGGGGUUCCUGUGUGUUGGGAUCCAGAGGCUAGGGUAUGACUGGGAUCUCUGGCCAGGGUCAGGGGUCAGAGCCCUCUCUAUGUGCCCUGAGCGUAGCCAUCUAACUGAUGCCAGAGUGAGGCCAAGUCCAACCCCUCAUCCCAAAGAGGCUGAGCCACAGCUGAGGCCAAGGGACAGGGAACUGGUCCUGGGCCUAUAGCCCCUCACCACUGCCCUCCCUUCUCAUGAGCCAGGAGACCACCAAGGUGAUCCAGAGAGCCCCCAGCGACAUCAAGGGCAAAGGGCCAUGGUGAUCCUUGGCCAAGUCAAGUAAGGUCUGCACAAGUGAGUCGGGCCCGGGGUGUGAACAGUUGGGGAUUGGUGGGGAGUAGCCUGAAACUUGCCCCCAGCCCCAGAGAGGAAGAGCAGCCAGGAGAACUCAGACCUCCCCACCUGACUUGGUACCAGGGCCAGAAGCCUGGUAUUGCACAACCUGCCCCCACCAUGCUGCUUCAACCCACUCACCAUCCCCCGGUGCCCCUGUGGGGAUUUAUUGGAAAGUAUCAGUCUCUCCAACAGCCCCAGUAAGAUUCGGGCCUUAGAACGGCCCUUUCUCUCCCCUACUGAUGGGGUCUUUUGGGGGUAGAGGGAGGCAGGGUAGUAAGAUCUCUUGUCAAACUGAGUCUCCCGACUUUACCUGGGCUGAGGCUGUGCUAUAGGCCAGGCACCUUUACAAACAAUACCUCAUUUUACCUUCAGCACAUCCCGCUACUGGCCCUGCUUACUGACCAAGGAAACAGGAGCUCGGAGAGGCUAAACAGCUUGGAGGUCACACAGCGAGGCUAGAGGCGGCAAGCUCAGGCUCCAACCCAGGUCUAAGCACUAGGCUUGGCCCCUGGAACACGACACAUCCACCUUCUGGACCCCUCAGGCUGCAAGGGAACAGGUUCUGUGUCUGUAUGUCUGUGUGAGGCCUCAGGGAUGGGGAAGACACUGUUCAGGGACCUAAUCUUUGUCCUAAAACUAACCUCAUCUUCCCCAACACCCUCCCCCCCCGACCCAAGGACAAGCUCAAUACAGGUGGACUCUGAUUUGCACAGGUAACCAACCCGGUGCUGGAGUCGGUGUAAACAUUUUACUACCACUAGGGGUCGCUGGCAAUGCAGAAUGCCACCGUUACCCCUUGGGAGGAAAGCACCUACCACCAGCCGCUGGAGUGGGGGCGUCCCAGGUCUAGUGGGGCGUCCAACGGGGCUGCCCCAGCCCCGCACUCUCUGUGUAACAUUAGGCUUCAGUUUCCCUUCUGUAAAAUUAGGAUAAAGCCAUCUUAGACCUACAUCACAAGAGGUCAGAGAUGGCAAAGAUGCCUGGAGAAGUUAAAAGAGAUAUUACCCUGAAUAAACCAUCAACAAUUCAAUAAGACCAAACUUCCAUAGAAUAAAUUUCAUUAAUAUAUAUCUUAUCCAAAAUAAACAUGGGUGGAGUAGAGAUUAAAUGUGAUUGACCAUGACUGAUAUUGGGUGAAGCUGGACUCAGCUCCAGGAGGAUAGGACAGGGCUUUGCCCACUGCAUCCCUGGGCAGCGCAGGAUGACAAGAAGUGGAGAUGUGACAAAAACACCCCCUUGCCUCUUCCCAGGCCCCCGACACCCUUCCUUAUUUCCCUUUGUUCUCCCAGCGUCCAGAUCAGCCACCUGUCCGUCGCCAGCAGCCAGGUAGAGUUGGUGGAAGACAAGUCCACCAAUGUCUCCAUUCAGAAUGCGUCUGUGAUCUUCAAGGGGACCCUGGGGUGCCUGGAGAUAAGCAUUCCCAUUCAGCUGACAUGCCUCUCUCUGGGCUGAGGGCGGAAAGAGGGUCUUGGGCCGUGGCCUCCUUGCAGGUUGAGGGUUGAUCAGUCUGUCGACUUUGAAAUCGACUCUACUGACCUUCAGAUCAACACAGCUGAAUAUGUGUCCUACUCCCUCUGGGGAGGCAGGGAGGCUGGACUCCAGCAAUCGGCCUCAGCGAAGAGGGAAGGCUAGGCAGACCGAGGAUUCUGAGGCUGCCAAAGACGGUCCAGCCUGGGAAGUUUGCUGGCUAGGGGAGCCCAAAGCUAGCCUAGCUCCUGGCUGGCCUGGGCAGCACAUGGGUUCUACCUGGAGGCCGAGGCUGCCCUGAUGUGGUGUCAGGGGAGUCUGCAGCCUGUGAUUCUGGCAGUGUGUGGACCAAUGCCCUGAAUGCUACCUAUCUUUCCACAGGCUGCUCAUGCCUCUCCAAGGGGAGUGCAAGUAAGUACGCUGCCUCUGUGGCCCCCAUUUCUACGUGUGCCCCAUCCUGUUAGCAUGAGCCCCAGGAGUAUGGAAGGGUGGUGUGUCCACUGCCUCUCCGAGGGUCAACCCCAGACCAUGCCUGUGGCAACCAAACCUGGGGGAUCAAUCUUUUCAGUGGGGUCAUUACCUACCUCUCCCCAUCAACGCCCCCUUAAAGGCUGGAAAAAAAUAAUCGCUAACAGUUACUGAGAACUUGCUAUGAGCCAAGCACUUUUCCAAGCCAUUUGCAUGGAUUAGUUAAUUACAUUCUCACAACCCAACCCUGGAAGGUAGAUUGUGUUAUUAACCCCAUUCUUACAUAUGGGCAAACUGAGGCACAGAGAGCUUAGGAAGGAAAGAAAAGCUCAUAUCUGCUGGCAUCCCAGGCAUCACACAAGUUCGCAGCUACAAUUCCUAGCCAAGCUAAGUAACUGGCUGAGGACACACAGCUCGCCACUAGGGGGUGGGGUCAGGAUUUGAACCCAGCAGCCCCUCUGACUCUGGAACCUGAGAUCCUGAGUACUCUACUCAGAUCUUUGUCUUGGCCAACCCUCUGUCAAAUUGCUGUGAGCAGCCCUGACUCAGGCCCCUCUCUGCCCGUGGAGCAGAUGGACACGUGUGAAUCUGGAUUCAGGCAUAUCCAUGUGUGUGAGUGUAACAGGUAUGAACAUCACGGGCAAUGGGGCCUCCCGAGGGACUCUGGGCUGGUUAACACCCAGGUCUGAGGCUCCUUCUGAGGCUCAGUGUUCUUAGCUGUGAAAUGGGGUUAUAGCUGGGUUAUAGGACGAUUCCAAGGCUGGCAGAGCCCUGAGCAGUACCUGGCACACAGUAGGAGCUCAGUGGAUGCACAGGACUGCAUCACCACAACACUUGCUCCCUUCAGGCCCAGGUGGACCAAGCAGCUGUUCACAGACUUCAUCUCCUUCACCCUGAAGCUGGUCCUAAAGGGACAGGUGAGUGGGGCUCACCUACCCCGCUGGCCCGACCACUUGCUGUGGGGAGCAGUCUGGGGUUGUGCCCCAAGGUUGGGUCCUCCUCCCCCCAUUGCCCUUCCCUGAGAAACAGCCACCACUUCCCAGUGUGGUCAGUCCCCUGUGCCUGUUCCCAGCACUGCCACCCCCACGUGGCCCUGCCCCCCCCACGUGGCCCUGCCCCGCUUCUGGUCUCCUUUCCAGCCUGGUGAGCCGCCUGCCCUGUCCGCCCCAGAUCUGCGAAGAGAUCUGCAUCAUCUCCAACAUCAUAGCCAACUUAGUCCAGACAAGGGCUGGUGGCUGAGCUCCAAGAGGCGCGGGACGCGGGCCCUGCAGGAGCGCGUGUGCUGCCCCCGCCCAUCCCGCGCCGGGGCACCGAGAACCCACGUGAUUUCCCGGCAGAGGCAGCCGGCUCUCCGCACCCGCCGCCAGGCUGCUCUCCGCGCCUACUUUCAGUUUCGUGCUCAGCGCGGCGAAGCCGGGAGCGCCGCCGGGAGCGCAGCCGGGGCCUGUCCUAUGGAAAGAACAUGAAAAUCCGGCUCAGGGACUUGGCCCAGGAACCCAUGAGACCCUCUCUGUGGACAUCCUAGAACAUCUAUGAUGAACCAGGAAGCCAGGUAGGUGAUCAUUCCCCUUUGCCUCCUCUCUUUCCCUCCCAUCCACUCCUUCCUCCCCCACCCUCCUACUGCCAAGACUGCUCCCUACGGCUCCCUGGACUGCCCCCAAUAUAGCAAAGUUACCCUUAGUCACCCUUCAGCAUGAGAAUGAGAAUUAUCAGACAGAGAACAUCAGCAAGGGCCUGCGUCAGCAUCUACCCUUUUCAUGGAUGGUGUGACCAAGGCCCUGACAGAGAAGAGACUUGCUCAUAUUAAGAGUGUAUCAGUUAAGAUAGGCUAGUGUAUGCUGCAGUAACAAACAACCUGCAAAGUCCCCGUGGCUUAUGACAACAAAAGUUAUUUCCUGGUCUCAGUUCCUGUCUAAUAUGAAUCGACUGGGGCCUCUAGUCCACAUUAUCCUCUUUCCCGGACCCAGGCUAAAGGAACAGCCAAGAUCUGGAAUACUGCUGGCCACCGUGUUAGAGGAAAAGAGAGAACAAGCUGAGUUGUCCCCCAGCUCACCUGACUCGCAGCUCACCUGCCUACCUGGUCCCUGCAGGGCCGGGCUGCUCAUGGACCCCAUUAGCCUCCAGCUGGGCACCGAGAACCUGUGCGGAUGUCUCGUGAGGCUGCUCAGCAAAGACCCAGAAUGGCUGAGCGCCAAGGUGAAGUUCUUCCUCCCCAACAUGGACCUGGGCUCCGGGGACCAGUCCCCAGACCCCACACACAGGGUCAUCCAACAACUCAACAAACUGCACACCCAGGGUCAGAGCACCUGGCAGGAGUUCAUCCACUGCGUGUGCAUGGAGCUGGACGUACCACUGGACCUGGAGGUGCCAUUGCUGAGCACUUGGGGCCACGGAGACGACUUCUCCAGGCAGCUGGAAGUUGGCGAGGAAAGCCAACCAGACUCUCAGCUCCACCCUGGCCUCAAGCGGCCUCAUCAGAGCUGUGGGUCCUCACCUCGCUCAAAGCAGUGCAAGAAGCAGCAGCAAGAGCUGGCCAAGAGGUACCUGCAGCUGCUUAGGACUUCUGCCCGGCAGCGCUAUGCCAACAGGACCCCCAGGCCAGGGCAGCCGCUUGCCUUCCCCCAAGUCUACAUCCCUCCAAUCUUGCAAUGGAGCCGGGCCUCAGCACCCUUCGACACUCAGGAGGGGGCCAUUACAGGGGACCCCAAGGCAGAAGAUGGCAGCGACGUGAACAUUCGGGACCUCUUCAAUACCAAGGCCAACAGGGGCCCAAGAGUGACGGUGCUUCUGGGGAAGGCGGGCAUGGGCAAGACCACGCUGGCCCACCGGCUCUGCCAGAAGUGGGCUGAUGGGCAGCUGGACCGCUUCCAGGCCCUGUUCCUUUUCGAAUUCCGCCAGCUCAACGUGAUCACAGAUUUCUUGACGCUACCCCAGCUCCUUUUUGAUCUGUACCUGAGGCCUGAGGCUGGCCCCGAGGCUGUCUUCCAGUACCUGAAGGAGAAUGCUAAUGGAAUCCUGCUGAUCUUUGAUGGGCUGGACGAGGUCUUCCACCCCUGCUCCAGCAAGGAGACUGCAGGCCCUGAGGACCCAGCAUCAGCCCUCACCCUCUUCUCCCGCCUCUGCCGUGGGACCCUCCUGCCUGGCUGCUGGGUAAUGGCCACCUCCCGUCCAGGGAAGCUGCCCGCCUGCCUGCCCACCGAGGCAGCCACGGUCCACAUGUGGGGCUUUGACGGACGGCGGGUGGAGGAGUAUGUGGGCCGCUUCUUCAGCAACCAGCCAUCCCAGGAGGCAGCCCUAGCGGAGCUGCGGGCAAACAGACGUCUCUGGAGCAUGUGUGCCGUGCCCGCUCUGUGCCGAGUCGCCUGCCUCUGCCUCUACCAUCUGCUCCCGGGCAGCUCUCCAGGCCAGUCUGCGGCCCUCCUGCCCACCAUGACCCAGAACUACGUGCAGAUGGUGCUAACCCUCAGCCCCCGGGGGUUCCUGCCUGCCGAGUCCCUGCUGGGUCUCGGGGAGGUGGCCCUGCGGGGCCUGGAGACAGGGAAGGUCAUUUUCUCUGCAGGUGACAUCCCUCCACCCGUGAUGGCCUUUGGGGCUGCCCUCGGCCUGAUGACCUCCUUCUGUGUGUGCACGGGGCCCGGGCACCAGGAGACAGGCUAUGCCUUCACCCACCUCAGCCUGCAGGAGUUCUUUGCUGCCCUGCACCUGAUGGCCAGCCCCGAGGUGGACAAAGAUACACUCUCCCAACAUGUCACCCUCACUUCUCGCUGGGUGCAGCGAACCAAAGCUAGACUGGGCCUCUUAGACCACCUUCCCACCUUUCUGGCGGGCCUGGCAUCCUGUGCCUGCCGCCCCUUCCUCAGCCUCCUGGCACAGCGGGACGAGGCCUGGGUGGGUACCAAGCAGGCAGCAGUGGUGCAAGCACUGAGGAAGUUGGCCACCCGCAGGCUCACGGGACCAAAGCUUGUAGAGCUGUGUCACUGUGUGGGUGAGACACAGGUGGCUGAGCUGGCUGGCUUCACAGCCCAGAGCCUCCCCCAUCAAAUGCCCUUCCACAACUUCCUGCUGACCUACGCCGACCUGGCUGCCCUGACCAACAUCCUAGGGCACAGGGAUGCCCCCAUCCACCUGGAUUUUGAGGGAUGCCCCCUGGAGCCCCGCUGCCCUGAAGCCCUGGCAGGCUGUGGGCAGGUAGAGAAUCUCAGCUUUAAGAGCAGGAAGUGUGGGGACGCCUUUGCCGAAGCCCUCUCCAGGAGCUUGCCGACAAUGGGGAGCCUGAAGAAGCUGGGGUUAGCAGGAAGUAAGAUCACGGCUCAAGGCAUCAGCCACCUGGUGCAGGCUUUGCCCCUCUGUCCACAGCUGGAAGAGAUCAGUUUUCGGGACAACCAGCUCAAGGACUGGGAGGUGCUGAACAUCGUGAAGGUACUGCCUUGCCUGCCGCGGCUCCAGAAGCUUGACCUGAGCCUCAGCAACGUCUCCGUGUCAACCCUCCUCUCCUUGACGAACGUGGCGGUCACGUGCCCCACCGUCAGGAUGCUGCAGGUCAGGAAGGCGGACCUCAUCUUCCUUCUCUCCCCACCCACAGAGACGGCUACAGAGCUACACGGAGACCCAGACCUACGGGGAAAUGCCAACCAGAGGAAAGAGGCUCAGAGGAGAAGCCUGGCACUCAGGCUCCAGACGUGUCAGCUCGGGGUCCAUGAUGUGGAAGUACUCAUAGCCCAGCUCCGGGAAGGUCCACACCUGGAUGAAGUGGACCUCUCAGGGAACCGGCUGGAAGAUGAAGGCUGUCAACUGAUGGCGGAGGCUUCAGCCCAGCUGCACAUCGCCAGGAAGCUGGACCUCAGCAGCAAUGGGCUUUCUCUGGCCGGGGUGUGCCGUGUGCUGAGGGCAGUGAGCACGUGCCGGACCCUGGCAGAGUUACACGUCAGCCUGCUGCACAAAACUGUGGUCCUCAAGUUUGCCCCAGAGCCGGAGGAGCAGGAGGUGACCCAGAAAAGGGCUGCGUUUCCUGAGAGCCUUACGUUCCAGAUGCCUUCUGAUCCGCUCCUGUGUGCCCCAAGGAUCAGGCUGACACACUGUGCCCUGCAAGCCCAGCACCUAGAGCACCUCUGCAAAGCACUGGGAGGAAGUUGCUGCCUCUGUCACCUCGACUUAUCAGGCAAUGCUCUCGGGGACAAAGGUGCCACCCUGCUGGCUCAGCUGCUUCCAGGGCUGGGCGCUCUGCAGUCCUUGAACCUCAGUGAGAACGGUUUGUCCCUGGAUGCUGUGUUCAGUUUGACCCAGUGCUUCUCUACUCUGCCGUGGCUUUUGCACUUGGACUUCAGCUCUGAGAGCCAACGCGUCAUCCUGAGAGGUGAUGGAAGAGACGGGGAUCUGUUGGCUGCUGGAUCUUUGCCAGAGUUCCAAGCUGGAGCCCAGUUCUUGGGGUUCGGUCAGCGCCGCAUCUCCAGGAGCUUCUGCCUCAGGGAAUGUCAGCUGGAGCCCCAUAGCCUCUCCCGCCUCUGUGAGACUCUGGAGAAGUGCCCGGGGCCUCUGGAAGUCAAAUUGUCCUGCAAGGUCCUGAGUGACCAGAGCCUGGAGACCCUGCUGCACCACCUACCCCGGCUCCCUGAGCUAAGCCUGCUGCAGCUGACCGAGAUGGAACUGUCCCCAAAGAGCCCCCUCCUGCUGGCUGACAUCUUUAGCCUGUGCCCACGGGUUCAGAAGGUGGAUCUCAGGUCCCUGCAUCACGUGACCCUGCACUUCAGGUCUAGCGAGGAGCAGGAAGGCGGGUGCUGUGGCAGACUCACAGGCUGCGGCCUCAGCCGGGAGCACGUGCAGCCGCUCUGCUGCUUGCUGAGCAAAUGUGAAGACCUCAGCCAGCUGGACCUCUCAGCAAACCUGCUGGGUGAUGCCGGGCUCAGGUGCCUCCUGGAAUGUCUCCCUCAGGUGCCCAUCUCCGGUUCACUUGAUCUAAGUCACAACGGUAUCUCUCAGGAAAGUGUCCUGUGCCUGCUGGAGACUCUCCCCUCCUGCCCACAUGUCCGGGAGGCCUCAGUGAACCUGGGCUCCAAGCAGAGCUUCUGGAUUCACUUCUCCCGACAGGAGGAGGCUAGGAAGACACUGAGGCUGAGCGAGUGCAGCUUCGGGCCAGAGCACGUGCCCAGACUGGCCACUGGCCUGAGCCAGGCCCUGUGGCUGACGGAGCUCACGCUGACCCAGUGCUUCCUGGGCCUGGAGCAGCUAACCAUCCUCCUGGGUCUGCUAAAGUGGCCGGCAGGGCUACUCACUCUCAGGGUGGAGGAGCCGUGGGUGGGCAAAGCCGGGGUGCUCAAGCUGCUAGAAGUCUGUGCCCAAGCCUCAGGCAACGUCACUGGAAUAAGCAUCUCCGAGACCCAGCAGCAGCUCUGUAUCCAGCUCGAAUUUCCCCAUCAGGAGAACCCAGAAGCCGUGGCCCUCAGGCUGGCUCACUGUGACCUUGGGACCCACCACAGCCUUCUUGCCAGGCAGCUGAUGGAGACCUGCACCCGGCUGCGGCAGCUCAGCUUGUCCCAGGUGAACCUCUGCGAAGCCAGUGCUCUGCUGCUACAAAGCCUCCUGCUGUCCCUCUCUGAGCUGAAGAACUUCCGGCUGACCUCCAGCUGUGUGAGCUCCAAUGGGCUAGCCCACCUGACAUCUGGUCUAAGCCACUGUCACCACCUGGAGGAGCUGGACUUGUCUAACAAUCAACUUGGCGAGGAGGGCACCAAGGUGCUGAUGGGGGCGCUUGAGGGCAAGUGCUGGCUGAAGAGGCUUGACCUCAGCCACCUCCCACUGGGCGGCUCUACCCUGGCUGCACUCACUCGAGGACUAAGCCACAUGACCCUCCUGCAGAGCCUCUGCUUGAGCCACAACCAGAUUGGAGACACCGGUGCCCAGAACUUAGCUGCUGUCCUGCCGGGACUGCCUGAGCUCAGGAAGAUAGACCUCUCGACGAAUGGCAUCGGCCCAGCAGGGGGAGCGCAGUUGGCGGAGUGUCUCCCGCUUUGUAGGCACCUAGAGGAGCUGAUGCUCGGCUUCAACGCCCUGGGAGACCCCACAGCCCUGGGGCUGGCCAGGGGGCUGCCCCGGCACCUGAGGGUCCUGCACCUGCCAUCCAGCCAUCUUGGCCCAGAGGGGGUGCUGAGCCUGGGCCAGGCCCUGGAUGGAUGCCCACACAUGGAAGAGAUCAGCUUGGCAGAGAACAGCCUGGCCGGAGGGGCCCCACAUUUCCAUCUGGGGCUCCCACUGCUCCGGCAGAUCGACCUGGUGUCGUGUGAGAUUGACAACCAGACUGCCAAGCCCCUCACUGCCAGUUUCGUGCUCUGCCCGGCCCUGGAAGAAAUCAUGCUGUCCUGGAAUCUGCUCGGGGAUGAGGCAGCUGCUGAACUGGCCCGGGUCCUGCCGCGGAUGGGCCGGCUGAAGAGAGUGGACCUGGAGAAGAAUCGGAUCACAGCUUAUGGAGCCUGGCUCCUGGCUGAAGGGCUGGCGCAGGGGUCUGGCAUCCAAGUCAUUCGCCUCUGGAAUAACCCCAUCCCCCCGGACAUGGCCCAGCGUCUGCAGAGCCAGGAGCCCAGGCUGGACUUUGCUUUCUUCGACAACCAGCCACAGGUCCCUCAGGGCACUUGACGGCUCCCUCGAGACGUUUCGAAUCCAGCCGAGUGAUGCCACCUUCCACCCACCAGGAUAGAGGACUCAGGAAAAGAGCCUCAGCUGGCUGUCCCUGUACCCUGCCCCACGAGGGACAGACAUGUUUUUCCUGCAACAGUCUUCGGGGAGGACUGUUUUGGCAACAAAGAGCCUAGUAUAGCCAACAGACUACCCUACAUCCCACGGGACAGGCAUGACCGGUCAGAAACGUAACACAAUGAGCAUGUCAUGGUGUGAUGCGUGACACGGAAGGUCACACGUGACAGCAUUCCAUGUGACAUUGCAUGAAACCUGCAGUGUGGCCUGUGGGUUAAUGUCAUGGGUCUUAGCACUACAUGUGAUUGGUGGUCCGUAUAUGAGACAUGACACAUGUCCAUGUCAUGUGCCAUGUGGCUGGCCAGAUGCCCUCAGGCAGGUCCAAGAUCUAAUUUAUUACUUUUUAAAACCAAGUGUGUAUUUAUAAAUUGCAUUUCCAGAGAAGCUAAGCCAGAAAAUGUCUUCCUCCCAGAAUGGGAUGGGGAGAGCAUCCAAGCACUGACCAGCCCAGUGGCCCGAGGGCCAAGACCGUGGGUCAAGCCGGGGAUUUAGCCAUGAGGCUUCCAGAUGAGUAUCCGCCUGCCUCAAGCCUCAGUUUUCCCAUCUGUGAACUGGAUCACCCACCCUCCCUUAGCUUCCAAGGACUUUAGGCCCAGGUCCAGGUAGAGCCAGCUGGACCUUGGACAGGCCCAGUCCGUGCUAUGUAAGGAAUGAAGCUAGGCCUAAGGGUGCAGGGGGUGGGGACUGCCAAAAUAUUCAGGUAAGGCCACUGGAUCAAGCCACUACCUCAGCAGAAUCUGAGUGAGCCCAGGGGCUGCAUGUGUUACACAGUGUUCUCAUUACUUCCAAGAGGGCCAAAGGGUGGCCCUGCUACACUGUAAGCCAAGUUUGACCAAUAAAUGUGGGUGAUCUUCCAGCCUCUAGCCUGAGUCUGAUGUGUCCCACCACCUUACCAAAGUCAGAAGUGGUUCACCCCCUGCCCUGCGGACUGGAGAGCAGGGCAGACUACAGAGAGAGAUGCUGAGAGGAACACUGGCCUGGGAGUCAGGAGGCAUGGGGUCAAGUCCAGACUCUGUCUCUAUAUGUGGUCAUGUGAUCGUAGGCAAGUGACGACCUCUCUCCAGAGCUCACCUGCACCACGAGGGUAUUGUAGAAGCUCAUAGUGUUAGAAACAGCCUUUGUUUGGCUUGCAUUAUAUUUACACUCUUUUCUGACUUAACUGUCAGUAUUUUAAAUUGGGAACUUUGACCCAAAAUUCAGAUUUUCAGCUUCUCGUAGGUGCUAGUCCAGCAUUCCCACUCAAGAGUAAUCUGCUGGGGACGUAUGACUGUGUCCUUUAGAUGUGGAGCACAUCCCUCAGUUUGCCGCAGUCCCCACUACUCCCCAGUGUAUCCCCUCUCACUAUUGCUGCUUGCCUGGUCUUUGUGAGAGCCUGGGAACUCCUGGCUAAAGGAUUUCCACAGGCAGGUGGUACAUCAAGAACGUGGCUUUGGAAGUCAGAUGGGCACGGAAUGGAAUGUGACUUGACCCCUUGAUGCCUGUCUUCAAGGCCAGGAGCUGUUUCUGUACAUGUUAGUAACACCCCUGGCCCCCCAGGACUUUCAGAGGGGUCAGGGAAGCAAAGUGUGCAAAGUCCCUAGUAUGAAGAAGGAGGUACUGGUUACAUGCUCGUUCUCUUCCCUUUUAGGGCUGAAUGUCAUAUGAAGUGAAGAGGUGUUUGAAAUGGCAGGAGAACAGCACCGCCUCUCCAUCACCUACCUGUGGGUUGAACAAGUCCAUAUCUGGGGAGCCUUCCUCCAGAGCGGCACUCCACUGUGAAAAGUGGAGCAGGGAGGGUGCAGUUACUACUGAGCACCACUGGAGGGCAGGCUGGCCCACUGGCGAGUCCUGAGAUAACUUCACCACUGUACCCAGAAUGAAGUUAGGAAGUGAUGCUAGAGGCUGUUCCCACCUGGCUCGGAAACCUGGGAUGUCCCAGCCGGCUUGUGGUUCACCUGGAUGGCUUGGCCCUGACCUUUGCCACCCUCCAUGUUGUCCUCGGUCCCCCGCCCAGCAUGAGGAGAAAGUCCUCCAGCCAAGUGCCAAGUACCCACACCCCACACAGGGACACUCUUAUCGGGCCAGGAUCAGGGCACACCUGGCAUCAAGUGGGGCCAUCAGCCUGGUCCUGGGGGAGGGGAUGGGCAGGUAGAGGAUCCAAGAAGUUUACCUGGAAACCUUGAGCCCCAGUUGUCUUUCCCUUCCGCGAAAUGAUGCCGAGGCCAUCAGGGUGCGCCUUCAGGCCAAGGGGGGUUGUACUGCUUCCUCCCCUUGCCUAAGACUGGAGUAUGAACUCCACAAAGCCUGAGGAGCCUUUGACCGGGGAGGUCACAGAUGAGGAAGGAACAGAGCACCGACCAGAAGCUCCAGCCCAGGUGAACCGCACACCAAGCAGAGCCCAGAGCUCAGAGACACUUCAUUUGCUGCUUAUUUGUUUUCCUUUUCCCUUCUUCUUUCCCCUUUAGCUCUGCCCAAGUUCUAAACUCCAAGAAACUUGCAGCAGCUGCCCUGAAAUACACCACAGUACUGUCAGCACUGCAGAGCCGCCUGGGCCCAAGUCAGGUGCGGUCACCAUGCUCAUUUCAUUAAGAAACUUCCUCUCCUGCCACCUACUUGUUUGGAGGCCUGGACUAUUUUUCUACUCCAUGCUGAUGAAGUCUCCCUGCCCCUUUCUUCCCCAAAGUAAGCUCAGUUUAAACAGAUCUAUGGAAACAGAUGAAAUUCAAAGAAAAGUAAGGCUCUGGGCCAGUAAGCAGUGUAAUCAAAAUGGUGAUCCCCGUUUCUACACGUGAGUCUUGCCACUAAGAAGGUCAUCGGGCUGGUAAGUUCCCAUGUCUAACUGCCAGGCUGGGAUCAGCUCAUUUUGCUGCUUUGUCACUUGGCCUCCGUCCUAUGGUUUUACAGAUUGAAUAUCCACCUUUCUGAUGGGAGUCACAGAAUCUUCCUUCCUUCCACCCCCUCCGGUCUCAAAUCCUCCCAAAUUGCCCCCUCUGUCCUUCCCCUAAAGAUACACGUGUCUGAAAUCCACUGUCCAGGCCAGUACCUCUCGAACUGAAAAAUCAUGGUUACAGACACCGCAAUGUGCAUUGAAUCAUCUGUGGAUCUCGUUAAUUUGCAAAUUCUGAUUCAGCGGGUCUGGGGUGGAGCCUGGGAUUCUGCAUUUCUAAGAAGCCCCCAAGUGAUGCUGCUGGCCCACACUUAGUGAAACUGCAGACCGAUCCUUGGUGACCCUCCUUUCCCAGAUGAGGACACCGAGACCCAGAGAUUUUUUCCUAACUUGCCCAAAGGUGCUGCCCCAGUUUCC